AAAAAAACUGCUCUCUCUGGCUUGCUUCCAUUUCUCUGCUUGAUAUCCCCUCUUUCUCUCCUCUCUCUCUCUCCAUUCCUUGAUACUCUCUCUUUAACUUAAAUCAGUAGCAACCUUUCUCUCACUCUGUGUAACAUACAGAGAGAGAGAGAGAGAGAGAGAGAGGUUUUCAGUUUCAGGAUGUUUGUUUCACUUCGGUUACCUCCAAGAGUAAUGAACUGCCAAAAUUCAUGGCAGGAGGGGCUUGAUUUCCCCACAUUUCUCCCCAAAGAAGUUCAAACCAUUAGAGACUCAGCUGCCAUAAAAAUGGCCAAGAGAAUAGUCAGGCUCCCGGUUAAGACUAGCUUCACAGAGCAUUGUAUUAUGAGUAGCUGUGUAAAGCCAUAUUUGAAGAAAGAAAGUAGUCCAAUUGUUUUGCUCCAUGGUUUUGAUAGCUCUUGCUUAGAGUGGAGAUAUGCUUAUCCUCUGCUAGAGGAUGCUCUCUUUGAGACAUGGGCGGUGGACAUCCUUGGCUGGGGCUUCUCUGAUUUAGAAAAGUUGCCAUCGUGCAACGUGGCAUCAAAGCGCGAACAUUUAUAUCAGUUUUGGAAGUCAUAUAUUAAAAGACCCAUGGUUCUAGUGGGCCCAAGCCUUGGAGCUGCUGUUGCAAUUGACUUUGCCAUUAACCAUCCAGAAGCUGUCUCAAAUUUGGUGUUGAUAGAUGCGAGUGUUUAUGCAGAAGGCGUAGGACAUUUGAUCAAGCUACCAAGGAUGGUAGCAUAUGCUGCGGUUUCCAUAUUGAAGAGCACCCCCUUGCGGCUAUAUGCAAAUUCAUUGAUUUUUAAGAAAGUACCAUGGUCCUCUCUCUUGGACUGGACUAGAAUCGGUUGCCUACACUGCCUCUUUCCUUGGUGGAAAGAGGCAACCCUUGAUUUUAUGCUUAGUGGGGGCUACAAUGUUGUUGCCCAGAUAAAGCAGUCUUAUCCCACAGCUGAAACAGAGGACUCUUAUUAUUUGGGGGGAGAAGGACAAUAUUAUCAGCAGCAAGCUUGCACAGACAUUGCAUGAUGAAAUACAAGAAUCUGUUCUUUAUCUAAUGUCCAAUUGUGGCCACAUUCCUCACGUGGAGAAGCCAAGUCAGGCAGCUAAGCUUAUCAUGGAUUUCGUUAAAGAAACUGAGGGAUGCUCUCUCAAUGUGAAAUGAAAAUAGACUGUGCUUGCACUUGCAUGCAUAGAGUUAUUUGAGAUUUGUCUAUGAUGCAUACUUUAUGAGCUAGAUUCCUCUGUAACUGUUCCACAAAUAUCCCAUUCUGUCCACAAGCCCAUUUACUAUUGGAAUCUCUCUCUCUCUCUC